UCAUGAUUUUACAUGAUUCUAGUCCAGAGGCAGGCAGUGCCUGAAACCUUUUCCACGAUACCAGUGACGCGACGCAAACUUGAACGCUGCCAUUACAACCAACGAAACGGAGUACAGUACACUGCACAUGCGCAAUGCAAUUUUAUAGCGACCGAAUGCGUACUUGCGUCUAAAAAGCGAAACUCGAAUAAACAAAUAAAAAAGAACGCAGGUGUCUCGAGACACGCUAUUAAAAUUUCCCACUUUACAUGACACGGCGUCAAAAGAUGCUGAACAGCUGAACGCAGCGGUCAAAGAAGUCCAUCUAGCGCAUGUUUACCUAGAAAAAUAAAUAAAUAGAAAAACAGCCAGCGCGGCCGGACGCAAGUACGGGUUUGGUGUGAACAGCCCCUAACGCCCGCAGUUUAGCGCGAGCUCACUGCCCGUCUCCCUUCUGUCAGGACGUCUGCAGGACGUUCUCUUGUAGGAAGAGUAGAGGCGGAGUCCGUAUGAAUAUCAAGCGCAGUUCCAGUGACGGUGAUAAACGCGCACGGUGGAUUCCCACCACUCCGGCGGCUGCGCGUGGGCUUCAAUGGACGCAGUGAGAGAGUUCCGUAUAAAAAGCUCCCGCAUCCUCCUCUGCCUCCGACACUCUCUGUUUGAAUGAUACAGUGUCCUCUCCUCCUCCUCCUGUAUUUCCUCGGAAACAUUUUCCCGCAGUAGAGAUUCAAAUUCCCGUCUAUGGUUUUGACGCAAUCUUCCAAAAUGUCCCGGACCGACGAGGUGCACCGUAUAACGGAGAAUGUUUAUAAGUCCAUCAUGGAGCAGUUCAACCCUUGCUUGAGGAACUUUGUUGCCAUGGGGAAGACCUACGAGAAGGCUCUCUCCAGUGUGACAUUUGCAGCCAAAGGCUACUUCGACGCACUGGUGCGGAUGGGAGAGCUGGCCAGCGAGAGUCACGGCUCUAAGGACCUUGGGGAUGUGCUCUUUCAGAUGGCUGAGGUUCACAGACAGAUCCAGAUGCAGCUGGAGGACAUGCUGAAAUCGUUCCACAAUGAACUACUCACAGAACUGGAGAAAAAAGUGGAAUUGGAUGUGCGCUACCUAAAUGCAGCUUUGAAGAAAUAUCAGAUGGAACACAAAAGCAAAGGAGAGAGUCUGGAGAAGUGCCAGGCCGAACUGAAGAAAUUACGCAGGAAAAGUCAAGGCAGCAAAAACCCCUCCAAAUAUGGAGACAAGGAGAUGCAGUACGUGGAGACCAUCAGCAGCAAACAAAAUGAGCUGGAUAACUACAUCGCAGACAGCUACAAGAACGCUCUGUCAGAAGAAAGGAGGAGGUAUUCCUUUCUGGUUGACCGACAGUGUGCCAUGGCCAAAACCAGCAAUGUUUUCUACACAAAGGGCAGAGAUUUGCUGACACAGAAGAUCCCAUUAUGGCAACAAGCAUACGUCGACCCAAAUAAACUCCCAGAUCGAGCAAUGCUCCUGGCCAAGCAGAUGGGCUCAGGAGCUGGUGGGACUCUGGGGGCCAGUUCCCAUCACACCUCUAAAUCUAACCUGACCAUCUCAGACUCCAUCCCUGGAGCCAGGCCAUUUCCUGUGCCAAACCAACAGACGAGAAUGAUGGGAGCAGAAAGUGUGCCCAUGGUGAACGGCUCAGCAGGGGUUCAUGGUGGAGAAGACUACCACCGCUGGAUGGAGACCAGAGCCGCACAUGAGAAAUCUUCCGCACAGACCCACAAAUACGGUGGAGAGGCCUACUCCAAUACCCUGCCUGUCCGCAAGGUGGCUCCAGCCAAGCCCAAAAGCACUCUAGCAGAGACCCAGACCCUGCCCAGGUCAAGCUCAGUGGCAGCUGGGUUGGAGAGAAACGGGCGGACACGUGUUCAGGCGCUCUUCUCGCACAUCGCCGGUGACAACAGCACCCUCCUCAGCUUUACAGAAGGAGACAUCAUCACACUGCUGGUACCUGAGGCCAGAGACGGCUGGCACUACGGAGAAAACGAGAAGAACAGGAUGCGAGGCUGGUUUCCGUUUUCCUACACUCGUGUGAUUCCUGAAGCAGACAGCAAUAAACUCCAUGUCAGUUUACAGCAAAGCAGGAGCACAGGAAAUCUUCUGGAAAGAGAGAUAGCUUUACCAACACCUGACUACGGCAUGACCACCCGCUUCCUCGCACAGCAGCAGAGCACGCCACACAGCCGACAGAGACCGUACAGCACAGCAGUGCCAGGAUUCUCACAACAAGGGUUGGAGAACUACGAGUCUCGAUUCCAAACCAGAGCAAUGGACCCUCUUCUUUUCACCACGUUUGCACUCACAUCUCACCAAAGACGAAGCAGUUCCAUCUGUGAGCAGAAACACAAAUUCAUCAUAACCGAAGACCUCAUCUCGCCCCAACUUCAUAAAGACUUCCAUUUUUAAAACACAUUUUUUGGACUCAUUGACUGGUGCUGCUAUAAUAUACCUUAACUUGUAGGCAAGAUUUAAACAUCAUUCAGAACAGAAACCCAAACACGCAUAAUUGCAUAUGGAUCAUCAUUUAUGAAUUUACAUUAUUAUUAAGCAAUAGGCGUAGCCCAUUGUCAUGGACUGGAAGAAACCUUCAAAACUUCUCUUUGUUCAAUUGUAUGUGUACAAAAUGUACAUAUUAUGUAAAUAUCUGUACUUAGUAAGACCUUUUUUUUUUUUUUGGUCCAUUAAUGAAAACUGACCAAACCUCAUGUACAGUAUGAAUAAUAGUUUAGUUAUUUAGUUAAUAGUCUUGUAUAAUAUAGCAAAUAAAGUGUAAGUUUCUGUGGAUUCAUUUGAUUUAUUGAGUAGAACAUAUUUGUUUUGUAUUUAAUACAUUAGAUGUAUUAGAACAGAAAUGCACUUCUUGAUGUAGCAAUAUAGUGUAUUUUACUCUAAGCCGUUGGCACUGUAGAUAUAAUAUACUCAAAAAUUUACUAAAAUUCUAACUUUUUAUUCUAAAGCUUGAAAUAAUUUCUCAACAUCCUGCCAAAAUCACACAAUCAUUAGUUGUGUUUUUUUAAGGGUAUUGUGUUACUUCAACCACAUAUACAGUAGGUUGAAGUCCCACAAGUGCUGGACUUUGGGUGUAUGAAAGGUUUUUUUCAAAGUUUCCUCUAAAUGUUGGAAUUGAUUUGAUUUGAUAUAAGCUAUGUAUGUAUGUAUGUAUUUGUAAUUGGUUUAUCCUACAUCCUUACACCAUACGAGUGUGCACGGACCACUCUGUAGCCUAUUUCAGAAACAACAACAAUAAUAAUAAUAAUAAAAAAUUCAGAUGUAUUUUCUUUGUUUUUGCAAUUUAUAACAGUCUCAUCCCUAAAAUAUGCCCAAAAAAUAUGAAAAUUAUGUAGACACUAAUA